UGGAAAAGCCGACCGCUGGCAGUACGCAAUAGCAUUCUGAUUGAUCAAAUAUAACAACUUUUCUGCAAUUGGGAGAUACGAUUUGUCUCCGAAGUGAAUUUAAAAUGGAUGAAAUGGAAGAAGAAUUAAAAUGCCCUGUCUGCGGAUCUUUUUUCCGGGAGCCGAUCAUUUUACCGUGCUCCCACAACAUUUGCCUGGCUUGCGCUCGGAAUAUCCUAGUACAGACCCCCGACGCUGAAUCUCCACAGAGUAGCCGUGCGUCUGGCUCGGGGCUAUCUGAUUAUGACUAUCUAGACCUGGAUAAGAUGAGCUUGUACAGCGAGGCGGACAGUGGGUAUGGUUCCUAUGGUGGAUUCGUAAGUGCUCCGACCACCCCUUGCCAGAAAUCCCCAAAUGGUGUGCGUGUAUUCCCCCCUGCCGUCCCCAAACCUCCUGCUCAGCACCACUUACUAGGACACCCCGGCUCUCUACCCCCUAUCCCCCGAAACUCCUGCAUCACCUGCCCGCAAUGCCAUCGCAGCCUCAACCUGGACGAAAGAGGACUCCGCGGGUUUGCCAAGAACCGGGUGCUGGAAGGGGUCGUGGACCGGUACCAGCAGAGCAAAACAGCCGCCCUCAAGUGUCAACUCUGCGAGAAGAGUCCCAAAGAGGCCACUGUGAUGUGCGAGCAAUGUGAUGUGUUCUACUGUGACCCUUGUCGCUUGAGGUGCCACCCUCCUCGAGGUCCGCUAGCCAAGCAUCGCCUCGUGCCACCGGCGCACGGCCGGGUAAGCCGUCGGACAAGUCCCCGGAAGAUCUCCACCUGUACAGAGCACGAACUGGAGAACCUGAGCAUGUACUGUGUUCAGUGCAAGAUGCCGGUGUGUUACCAGUGUUUAGAGGAAGG